AACCAAUUCUUCUACACCAAUUAUGCAACUCUACUCUUUUGUCAUUUCAACUAAACAUUCAUCAAAUGACUUUGUCUAUAUUGAUAGAGUGGCCUAACGAUGUAUGAGCAUUUUUCAGCUUAAUUUAUAUAUUAUGAGACUGUCAGUUUUGCUCAUCUCAGUGCUAGUAAGUGCUAUCGCUGUCGAGCUAGAUGAGGAUGAGACAGAAGAGUCUACGACCCAUCCAUACCCUAUAGCAGAGUUCUCUCAACUGCUGGUAACCUUGAACACCAUUGACCUUGAGAUAACCAAGGUGCUGGGCAGUCUCUCUCCUGAUAAGGACCAAGGUGAUCAACUGAUAUCAAACCUACAGGGUUAUGUUUAUGAGUUGGGUCCUCUCAUACACCACAUGGCUUUUGAGGAUGCAGAAGUACUGAUGGCAGCUAAAAGCGUCUACCGACAGGGUGCUCCGAGGUUUCUCUCUACACCUAUCAACCAUGAGGUGGUGCAGCAAGCCUUCGGCUGGGAUGAGACGCAGAUGAAAGUGCUGCAGGUGUUGUACGACAAUACUGCCAAAACCUGGCGAAACUUCCUAAAUAUGUGUGAGCGACAAAGAAUUGAGAGUUGAGAAAAUAUACAGUACUGUACUUGUACAAUAGUAUUAAGGCAAUAAGUUAGUAUUAGCUUACAUUUAACUAAACUAGUUUUUAUAAAUUAAAGUAUUAAAACAUAUAUUUAAAUUA